AUGACCAAUUCAACCAGUCAGCCAGGAGCAGCAACGCCAACUGCAGCAGAGUUUAUGGGAUCCAUACAGACAAUUCAAAACCAGUGCUCUGACCUAUACGACCACGUAAAAUACUUACAGGCUCAACACAGGUUCAUUACAUUGGAAAAGCGAGAGACGAUAAUCAAUAAUUUAUGCAAACUUGCAGAAAACCUGUUUGCUAAUGUACAACAAACAGCAAAAGGCGUCGAAAUUAAUAAUAAUAAAGUAACAAAUAACACAGAACAAGCCUUGACGAUUAUCAAGACAACAAGUAUUCAGUCAAGUGGUGAAAAUAAGCAAUAUGACUAUGAAAUUAUAAGACAAGCUAGAAAUAACCAUCGCAUAUAUAAAUGUCAUAAGAAACAUAAACAAAACGUACUUGGCCAUAAAUGUCAUUCUUGCGGAACAACAGAGACACCUGAAUGGCGUCGUGGCCCUGACGGAGCAAGGACGCUAUGUAAUGCAUGUGGUCUACAUUAUGCAAAGUUGGUACGUAAAGGAGCAAUAGGGGUUCAAACUGCAAAUUACAUGUUAUUGGAUCAAAGACAGAAAGAUGACAGUGGGGCACUUGCCAAUACAUAUGCAAAGCCUACUUUUCCUGAAAAUUACCCAUUUAUACUCAUCGAUCCAAAAUACGGUUUCAAUAGAAAUUUGGAGAGUGCAAAUAGAAUAGAAGCAUCCUCUAGUGGCACAAGCCAUAAUACAAGAAAAGAGUUCAAGAUUAUCAGUAAUUAUACACCGUCCAUCAAGAAUGAACAAGAGUCAACAGAUAUGGAUAGUAGCCAGCAUACGACGACAACUCCACUGAGAAUCUACCAGUGGAAACAGCAAUAA